CAACAUCACAACAUCACAACAUCAUGUCAGCAUCAGCGUGUGCAGAUGAGGAAGUGGUCAGCUCACCUUGAGAAGGCUUCAUCAGUCCAUGCGGGACCGCCACUGCAUCAGGGGCCGAGGGUGCCUCGCGGUUUGGGUGGUGUCUGACGUUGAGCCGUGCGGUGCAGAUGGGGCUAGGGGGGACGUGGACAGGCCCACUUGAGCUCCGUUAAUCAAUAUAUUUGUUUGGCGAUGGGUGAGGGGGAUUUCGUCCCUCGCCACAGCCUUUGGCCUCUAUACUCUCUUUAACUAUCGUCACUCGUUUGAAAACGUCGUAUCUAUCCUAGUCUUACGGAGUAGAUUACCUGUUCGUUUCGAACCCCCCCCACGCCGCGUUUCGCGCAAACACUCGUUCCAAGACAUUUCGCGACGAUCACUUGUUCCAGACCACGAAUCGUCGACCCAAACACCACCUCGAAACAAAAGAAACCCGAAAAAGCUAUCCGGAGCUCCUGAUAAGCUCAGGCUCAGUCCGGCCUCACGGCCACAAAACACAUCUCUUCCUCUCUGCCACAGAGGAAGACGACACCGUACUCGCGCAUCUCACCCACGGCACCGUGUCGUGCACCGCACCCAGAUGCCCUCUCCAAAACCAUAGGCGGACCACGACAUGCCCACGCGCCCUGCGCUCCUAAGCAUGCCCUCGCCAUCCCUCCUUCCCCCACGCAGGCGGCACGCCUACCUCCUGCGCUCUCUCACCUCCCUGGUCUUGCUCACGGUGUGCUUAACAUUCACGCUCGCGCUUGCGGCGAGGCCGCCGACGAUACCGGAUACGCUUGUCCCGCCUGCUGACUGGGAUUUGGCUUCCUACUCCGGUGACCUCCUGAAAAGGGGGUAUGUUGACCUCGAACUACGGAAGGAGGAUGAGAAGGAUAAGGAUGAAUCCACCGCGACUUCUGCACCCUCCAAGAGCUCCAGCACCAUCUCCGGUACGCCCAGCGUAGCAACCGCCACGCCAACAAACACAGCUGUAGAACUCCCAAAGCCAUUCGACAGCAACAUCGGCGCCAACUUCGCAUCAGAAGAAUGUGCCGUCUUCAUCGCCAGUUUCCUCGCCAACCCCGAAUUCCAAGCCUGCUACGCCGUCUCCCUUCUUCUCGAGUCCUCCCAAGCCUUCUUCCAAACGCUCCGCUCCCCCUUCCUCACCACCGCCUUCCUCGACCACUCCUGCGCCGCCCCUGCAUCAUGCGCACCCUACCUCUCCUCCCUCGCCUCCUCCCUAAACAGCACCUGCCGCCUCGACCUCUCCGGCUCCAACCCCACCGCCACCAUGGCCCUAACCGGGCUCCUCGCCUACCCCUCCCUGCGGACCGCAACCUGCUUAAAAUCCUCAACCGGAUCCUACUGUUUCGCCGACGCGAUCACAAAUUCUACGUCUGAUGAGGACGCGUAUGUGUAUUACCUGGGGGUGGGGAAUCAGUUACCGGCUACCACGAGCAUGACGUGUAAUCAGUGUUUGAGGGAUGUGGUGGGGGUGUUUGGGGCGGCGGCGGCGAAUAGGACGAGUCCGGUGGCGCGGGUGUAUGCGGAGGGGGCGCGGGUGGUUAAUGGGGUGUGUGGGAAGGGGUGGGUUAAUGAGACGGUGCCUAUGGCGUUGACGGGCGCGGCGGCCUCACCCCGAGGGUUUGGGGGUGUGGUUGUUGCGGUGAUGGUGGGGGUGAUGAUGGUGGUGAUGUGAGGGUUUGGUUGGAAUACAGGUGAUAUUAGAAUGGGAUGGGUUUUAUUAUAUAUAUUCUGGCGGGCGUUUUUUGGGUUAACAGCCGGGCGCUGGGGUGGGUUUUGGGUUCAGCGGGAGUAUAUCGGCGUUGUGUUUCAUAUUUUUCCGUCUGAUAAUUCUUGGGGAACGCGGAAAGAAAAGAGAAUUUAGAAACAAUGGGUCUGCAUGUGGACAGGGGGAGUGGAAACAAAAAGGGGGGGUUGGGCGGCUUGUUUCUGCCUUUGAAGCCUUUAUAGUCGCCGUCUUUUUAUCUCUACUCCGAUACUUAAUCGGAACCGACCCUAUUGCAUAGGGUCGGGGUAAGUAAAGAGCAUUCGCCGCUGCGCUCACCGCCACUUCGUAUAGUAUCCCCAUCCAUAGCCUCAACAUAUGUAUAACUUUUAAUUUAUAUCCUAC